AUGGGUCUAACAAACCGUCGAGGCAGAAGCUCAAGCUUAAGGAGAGGUAGCAUUGAAGAAUUUCAAAAUGAGGAAAAAGCUAGAUCAGAAGAUCGUUCAAGGUCCUUAGAGCGAUUAGGUGUAGUCCGUAGGGUAUCUCAUCAUGAUAAUAGGAUGAAUGAAGAUUUGAUUUUAAUUCAAGCUGCUAAAAAGAGAUGGAGAGACUCAAGACGAUUAGUUUUCACAUUAGGUACUUUACUUGGUAUUUUAAUAGCGUUUUAUUUUGGAUCAGAUCAUGUUAACAAUACUGACCUAUUCGAUAAAAUGGUUAAUUUUGACGCCCUUAAGGAUUACAUCGAUGAUUGGAAGGACGUAGUACCUCAAGGGUUCAGUUCCUUCAUUUAUGAAUUACAAGAAAAUUAUAUACCAUCUACAUCUCCAUCAAAUAAUCUGUCUGAAAAUUUUGCUGUAGGCAAGCAACUGAAGGCUGAAUUGAACAUAACAGCAAAACAUCCAGUUAUUAUGGUACCGGGAGUUAUAUCUACUGGUAUUGAAAGUUGGGGUGUUUCCGGAGAUGGUGAAUGUGAUAGCACUCCGCAUUUCAGGAAAAGAUUGUGGGGCUCAUUUUAUAUGUUAAGAACAAUGGUACUAGAUAAAUUAUGUUGGUUAAAACAUUUGAAACUGGAUCCUUUAACUGGAUUAGACCCUGAAAACUUCAGAAUGCGUGCCUCACAAGGUUUUGAAUCAAGCGAUUUCUUUGUCGCAGGCUAUUGGAUUUGGAAUAAAAUUAUACAAAACUUGGGUGCUAUUGGAUACGAUUCAGACAAGAUGACUACAGUAGCUUAUGAUUGGAGAUUGGCAUAUUUAGACCUGGAACGUAGAGAUAGAUAUUUUACGAAAGUUAAACAUCAUAUAGAAAUGGUUCAUGAUCUAUCAGGUGAGAAAGUUUGUCUGGUUGGGCAUUCAAUGGGUGCGCAGAUUGUAUUUUAUUUCUUAAAAUGGGUAGAAGCUGAAGGUCCAUUAUACGGUAACGGUGGUAAAGGAUGGGUUGAUAAGCAUAUCUCUUCGUUUAUUAGUAUUGCUGGCACUUUAUUAGGAGCUCCAAAAGCAAUGCCUGCAUUAAUAAGUGGUGAAAUGAAAGAUACCAUUCAAUUGAAUGCCCUGGCCAUGUAUGGGCUAGAAAAAUUUUUUAGCCGUAGAGAAAGAUUAGAUAUGUUACAAACUUGGGGUGGUAUUCCUUCAAUGCUACCAAAAGGUGGUAAUUUGAUCUGGGGUAAUAAGACAUUUUCAAGUGAAGAUUCAUUGAAAUAUGAAGAAUCUUCACCUAAAGAUACGUAUGGUAACUUUAUAAGGUUUGCCAAACUAAAUGCUGAACAUUAUAGAGAUAAUAUGACAAUGGAGGAAUCUAUAGGGAUGCUAUUAGAUUUAUCUCCUUCAUGGUUACAAUCACGUAUCGAAGAUCAAUAUAGUUUUGGCUAUGCGAAAACUGAAGCCGAAUUGCAGAGGAAUGAGGUUCACCAUAGUCAUUGGACUAAUCCUUUAGAAGUCCCAUUACCUAAUGCUCCAAAUAUGAAUAUCUAUUGUAUUUACGGUAUUAAUAAUCCAACGGAAAGGGCAUAUGUCUAUAAGGAAGAAAAGGCAAAUUCCAGCUUAAAAGUAUCUAUUGAUUAUGAAUCAGAUACAUCAGUGUUUUUAACAGAAGGCGAUGGCACUGUUCCUUUAAUUUCUCAAAGUAUGUGCCACAAAUGGGCAGAAGGAGUUUCACCAUAUAAUCCAGGAGGCACCAAUGUAACAAUAGUAGAAAUUAAGCAUCAACCAGAAAGAUUUGAUAUUAGAGGUGGUGCUAAGAGUGCAGAACAUGUAGAUAUUCUAGGUAGUGCAGAAUUAAAUGAAUAUCUGUUAAAGAUUGCUAGUGGUUUCGGUGACACCAUUGAGCCUAAAAUUUUUUCUGAUAUUGAAAAUUGGGUUAAAAAUAUUGAUUUUCCAUUAUAA